UUUGCAAGAAUUGUGUAAAAGCAUCAACUUCACUUAUCAUCAAGGAAGUAACAUCAACAAUCACGGAUUCCCUGGCACUUAUGAAAGUCGAGCUAUUGAAAGAGUUACCUUUUACGGAGAAAAGGGUUGUUGCCCCGACUAAUAUCCGUGCCUUAGAGUCAACACACACACAGUUAUACGAAGGCACUCAUCUCGGACAACACUCACACAUUCAACGGGAAAUACUCGAAAAUCGCAACAGACCACUACUGCGAGGCACUAACACUGAUGAUAAUGGUAUUAAGAUAAAAACCGUGGCUAAUCCUGAACCUCGUUUUUGGCUAUUUUUUACCAACAUCAGUCCUGAUGUGACUCCCGACGAUAUGGCAAAUUGGGUUCAAUCUAAGCUGAAUACAAACGAUAUACAUGUUCGCCGGUUAACCAAGUAUGAUGCAGAUCUGAGCCGACUAACAUUCGUUUCCUUCAAAGUCGGCAUCCCAUCAACUUUGAAGAAUGUGGCUCUGUCUCAAAAUACUUGGCCAGCUGAAGUUGCGUUUCGUGAAUUUACCGAUUACCGUUCGCAACGGGGGUUUCAGUUCCCAUACCAACCCCACGCAUUGCACCAACAUCAACAGCAACCACCGGCUCCACAGUCGCCGCCACUAAUCGAUGCACAAUCACCAAUACUCACCUCAUCGCCCCCGCAUCUUUCGUCCUCAUCACCACCAGCAUCCCCGACACUGCAUUACAAUCUACGCAGCCAAACCAACAACCCACCAUAG